AUUGGGAAAGCAACGACGGUCAACAGCGUGCUUAUUCAAUGUCAUCACAUUGUGGGAGAGGACGGUAUGUGCCUUUAGGAUUAUCUGUGACUGUGAUUGUAGAAUCACAAUAGAGCAUAAAGGCAUACGAUAAAGGCAAAAAAAGGCACUGACAUCAGCCCAAGAUGUCCGCCUCCAGCUCCAGACUCUUGGUUCUAGCAGUGAGGACUGCCUGUAGCCACACGCAACGAAGGUACCUACUCGCGAAUACCCCUGUCUUUGCCCAGUUGCGGGAAUAUGUCACGGAUCCACUCUCUGUGAGCAGUCGGAAAGCUCAGGUUCCGUCAUAUAAAGCGGAUCGUAUCUCUCAGGACAUGGGGCUCAACCACAGGAACCUGUCCGCGGUGGCGACCUCCUUAAAAGACAAGAGCAGGUACGAUAUAGUUGACAUCGGGGAAGUGGAGGAGAACAUUAGCAAGGCACGGAAAUGCACCGGUCCCCGCCAUUUCAUCGUAGACCCUGCCCUGGCCCAGCUAGUGGCUGACCACCUGCAAAACGAUCUGGCUGAUGGAAAGACAUUCAUCUUCGAAUACAAUCCCGGCCCUGGUGUGCUAACACGGACACUACUGAACUCUGGAGCUCAGAGACUGGUGGCGCUAGAGAGUGACAGGAAGUUCCUGCCAGAGUUGGAGGCCCUGGAGAACAGUUUAUAUGGACAGCUGGAGGUGGUGCACUGCAACUUCCUCACUUUGGACACGUUCUUGGAUGAGCCCGCCAUAGACUCCGAGAAGCUCUUCACUGACCUGGGCAUCUCCGAGGUGCCUUGGGCCGAUGAUGUGCCAGUGAAGGUGGUGGGGCUCUUCUACCCAUCGACCGAGAGUAAGAGGCUGUGGAAUUUGAUCUACAACCUGUUUCAGCGUCACUCCAUCUACCGUUACGGCCGCGUGGAGAUCGUCAUGUUCAUGACCGAGAAAUUGUUCACGAGACUUUCAAGCAGUCCAGGAGAGUUUAUGAUUUACCGGGAUUUAACCGUACUGUGGCAGAUGGCAUGCAACAUCGAGCUGCUUCACAAGGAGCCAAUGUCAUCUUUUCUGGCUGUAAACAAGACUGGAAAAGUGAGCAAAUGCAAGACUUUGACAAAGAACACACACAUGUGCCUGGUGAGGCUGACCCCUCGCCAGGGUCUGUUUUCCGGUUGCCUCAACCCUGCUAACAGCACAGCAUUGAUCAUGUUGGUCAGGCAGUGUUUGGUCAAGAGGAAAGCCCUGCUGAAGGAUAAGCUCAACGCUUGGAGUCCAAACAGUGGAGAGAAGAUCCUUAAUGAGUUGGGAAUUAGAAGCAACAUAUUGACUGGAGAACUGUCCCAAGAAGAUUACAAAAACCUGUUCCAGGUAAUGCUGCAAACGAACCUGUUCAGCCACUGCUGGCUCGAUUGAAGAGGCCUUGGACAACACCAAGAAUUAUGGCCUUAUGUGACUCCUUCAAAAAGAUCAUUCACACGGUAUGUUGCUGAAGAUCAGAAUUCACACAGAUGUUCCUGUAAGAACAGCAUUCUUGUGAAGCUUCUGAAGAACAGAAUUGCUGCGAAUGUUCGUGAAGAACAGAAUUGAAUGUCUUCCUGAAGAACGGCAGUGUCAUGUGACAGUCCCUGGAGACAUGCUGUUUAACAUUACAGUUUUUCCAGCCAAUCAGUUGCUAAUGCUAAUGCUAAAACUAAAGAAUAGUUCCAUUAGGUGUCAUGUCUUCUGCUGUGUGGGGUGUCUUUUACUGUUCAGAUUUCUUGGCUCUAAAUUGCUUGCUGGACUGAUAAUUGCAUUUCACAUUAUUAGAUAUAGAUGCAUAUAAAAAGCUAAAUAAGAUUUGGUUUAAUAAUAUAUAUGCAUUACCAGGAAGGCUACCAUUUUCCCUAAUGCCUGUACUUUUUUCAAUAUUACAUGGAGUUUAUGUAUACAACAAAAGGAACACUGUAAAUCAAACGUAUGACCAAUCAUUUAAAUUCACUCAAAUUUGUUCCUUUGAUAUCAUUGAAAUGUAUAUAAUAAUAUUGUUUUAUCUCUGUGUUGUCAGUUUCUUUUAAUUAUUUAAUUUCUGUUGCUUUUUUUGAAGUAACAAAGAAGCCUUUUUAGAAUCCACUAGUAUAUGAAUUUACUAACAUGAUUGACCCAUUCAUGAUGGAUUUUAUUUUAAAAAGUUAUUUGCAGGCAAAUUCUGUUUGCAGUUAAGUAUUAGUACAUUUUACAUUAUGCCAAUGAACGCAUUCGAUGUAUGAAAAGGUAAAAUACUUGUAUUUGUAUCUUGAGCAGGUUUCUGCAUACUGGUGCAAUGUUUGCAUUAACAAGUAGCAUUAUUAGCAAAUGGCACUGAAUGUGAUGUAAUCUGGUUUAAACUGCAAGUACUGUACAUUGCAGAACUUGUUAGUAGCGUGGGCAUAACAUUGCAGCUCUUGUUAGUACAUUACAUUACAUUACAGGCAUUUAGCAGAUGCUCUUAUACAGAGCGACAUACAAUGAAGUAGCAUGAGCAUAAGACACAGGAGUGUGGUCAUUUAAAUCAGAUUUAUUUUAUCCCAUUUAUCCAAAUUUAGUAGCCGAUUGUACCCCAUCUUUUACAAUUAUCCAUGCGUUAGCUAGGGAUACACAUAUUAGAGAUGCGGCCCGAAUGGAACGACACGCCUUCUCCAAGCGUUAUCCUGCCCAUGACUGUGAUCCCGAGGUGCCUGGGGUGCUGUUGUACGUAGCAAACUCACUAACAACCCCCCCCCUCCCCCCCGCCCUCGGAGCAGCAAGCCAAUUGCGCUCCGUGCAAGAACAGCCAAACUCAGCUUUGGCAGGGAAUUGAACCCCGGUCCUCGGUGUGCAACUGCAACAAACUGAUGCCUGCAUCAAGGUCCGUUACUUUAGCUGUGGUUUUAAUGAUUCAUUUGAAUGAAUUGAGAGCUUGCAUUUAAUUUCAAACCGUUAGAUAAUGACAAUCAUUAUGGUGUCAACUGACAGAGGUAAGGCUAUUAUGUUAUAUCAAAGGUAUGUAACACUGGAUCUUGAGAGCCACGGAGUCUUCUGGUUUUUGUUUUGAUUACUUUUGAAGUAACAACAUAAACCUGCACCCCCUACACAGGUUCAGGUUUUAUGUGCAAUAAAAGGAGGCUGCUUCUGAUCGGGGAUUCUUAUUUAAUCCACAAAUACAUAUACGUUUUUAUUAGGAGUUUAUUUUAUGAGGUCUGUUCUACUAGUUUCACAAAAGUCCAUCCCCAAAACCAGACUCAAUGAGUUAUUCGCCCACGUUCAACGUUCUAGCUGUAGGCCUGUACCACAGUAGCAUUCACAUCCUUACAAAUACAGUGCAGCCUGUAAGUAUUUGGUCAGUGGUAUGAUUUUCUGUUGUCUUGGCUCUGUCCCUCAGUACAUCGGAUUUCAAAUGAGACUGUGAAUAUGAGGUUAAGACUCAUAUUAAAUUUGAGGGUAUUUACAUCCAUAUUGGGUGAUCCAUGUAGGAAUUACAACCCUUUUUAUACUAAUUUUAUGGGACCAAAUCUAAUUGGACAGUUUGCUUCUCAGCUGUUUCUGAUUAGAGGACCAGUUUUGGAACGUUGACAGUCAAAGAAGCCAUUAUGAGGCUCAGAAAGAAAAAGACAGACAUGGGCCAUACAAUUGGCUUUCCAAAAACAAAAAACAGUUUGGAACAUCAUUAAGCCUAUUACUUGACCUACCUGUAUGUCUGACUGUCAUUGGCACAACUCUGGUUCUCAUGUUGACAGAUGGCAAGAACAGACUUCAAAGUCAAUAAAAAACCUAGAAUCAACACUAGCUACUGAAAGCUUUCUUAUACCUACACUAAGGUAGCAACUGAAUACACCUGAUUAAUCCGAAACAGCCAAGAAGCCAACUGUCCAAUAACUUUUGGUGCCUUACAACAGGAGCAGUAUGCAUAAAAAGGGAUGUAAUUCCUAUAUAGAUCAGCCAAUAUGGAUGCAUUAUACCCUCAUAUUAAAGCCUGCACUUCAACCUCAUACUGUUUCAUCUCAAGUCCAAUGUGCUAGAAUCCAGUUACUCUUUCUUUCACAAUGAGGAAAGCACUAAAAUCCCAGUGUUUUUGCAGAAUGUAGUUCACUUUCUCAAAGGUAUGCUGUGUGGCUUAUAAACCUGUCUGAUUCAGUCCUCUGUGCAAGUUUGUUGGUUGUAUGUGGUUUCCUGUUGUUCUGCUUCCUUGUCCUGGUACCCUGCCUGUUUUUUUUUUUUGUUUUCCGCCCAACCACCUGCCUGCUACUUUGCCCUUCCCCGGAUCCGACCAUUUAUUACCCUGGACUUCUCUGCCCCAAAUUGUCCUGCAGCCCCCUGCUUUGCCCUACUCCUGCCCCUGUGCUCUUGAUUUCCCAGCUUUGAUCCCCAGUACCCUGUUCGCUUGGCUCAUGACCCCUUGCCUGGACUUUUUUUUAUUUUAUUUUUUACUCUGCACAUUCCUAUAUUUCCCUGUUUUAUCCUAUCCUGACCUUCAUCCUGUAGACAUGCAUUAAAGCCUGCUGUUUUUCACUUAA